AUGCCCACAAGCCCCUCUGGAACCAUCACCCUCCUAUCCCCACUUACACCUCCCUCUCUCGAGCGCACCUGGCUCACAGCCCCGCACCCACGCCUCCCCUUCGUCGCAACCUGCAGCGCCGACAAAACCGUGCGCAUCUACUCACUUCAGAAUUUCACCUUACUCUCAACGAUAUCAGGCGGGCACAAACGCAGCGUGCGCAGCUGUGCAUGGAAACCGCUCGUAAAAGGCGAAAGCGUGUUGGCGACGGCGAGUUUUGACGCGACAGUCGGGUUAUGGAGGAGGUGGGAUGGAUACGGGCACGGGGCCGAUGACGGCGAUCGCCUCGCUACAAGCAGUGGGCCUGGUGGCAAUGACGGUGGCGACGGCGGCGACGACGAUGGGGACUCCUACUCGAACAACGAGGAAGAAGACGACGAGGAGUGGCGCUUCGCUGUCCUGCUGGACGGGCACGACAGUGAGGUAAAAUCCCUUUCGUGGUCCCCGGCCGGCACCUUGCUGGCAACCUGCUCGCGCGACAAGUCCAUCUGGAUCUGGGAGGAUUUGGACGAUGGCGAUAACAACUUUGAAACGGUCGCGGUUAUGCAGGAGCAUACUGGCGAUGUGAAGUGGGUGAGCUGGCAUCCAACUGAAGAGUGUUUGGUGAGCGCGAGUUACGAUGAUACGAUACGAUUGUGGAGGGAGGAUAUCGAUGAUUGGGGUCAGGUGGCAUGUCUAAAAGGCCAUGGAGGUACGGUGUGGUGCGUUGAAUGGGAGUCUGGCGAGGUGGAGCGUACUGUGCCUGUUACCAUGAGUGGCUCUGGUGAUGGGACUGGUGCAGAAGAGACGCUCCGGAAGGAAUGGAUUGAACAGCGUACACUUUCCGGUCCCCGGUUGGUUUCCUGCUCCGACGACCGCACGAUUCGCAUAUGGGCUAAACAAGCUCGCCAUCCUGCAACCGCCAAAUCCGGCCCUGCAUCGAUACCCAGCAUUAUCCGCCCAGCCGAUAUUGACGAAAAGUGGCUUGAGCAGUCCCAAUUACCACGCCGGCACGAUCUGUCCAUUUACUCCGUUGCAUGGAGUAAACGGACCGGGCUGAUCGCGUCGACAGGCGCGGAUGGGAGGAUUGUAGUAUACCAGGAGCGAUUUGUUGAAGCACAGGGGCCAGAAGAGGCUUCUCCAACUACGAACGCAAAUGGCAAUAUGAACUUGGAUACGAAUGCUCCCUCAGAACCGGCAGAUGUAGGUAGUAUCGAGAAGAAUGGUGAUAAUGCACGGGCAGAAGAACAAGCGCGGACGCGACCAGGGCCCACGGCUACCCCUCAAACAGAAUGGCACGUCCUCGCUAUGAUCGAUGCUGCGCACGGCAUCUACGAGGUUAAUCAUGUGUGCUGGGCACUGCGGGCUGAUAAAGGGCGUAAGGAGGGAGAAGAGGAGGAGGUCCUGAUAAGUACGGGUGAUGGUGGAGAUGUGAAGGUUUGGAGGCUGGAGAGAUGA